UGCGCGCGAGGCUAAGAACCAAGAGCACUUUAUAAACUUCCGGCCAAAUAUCAAAAAUUAACAUGUCAACAUUAAUUGAGUCGUAUGAACAGCAGUACUCAAAUUUAAGUGCUGAUAUAACAGUGUGUAUUGGAAAAAUUGCAAAUUCUUUAGGCGGUGAAAAGCAAGGCCACAUCAGACAUGUUGACAAGUUGUUUGAUGAACUGGCAGAGCUGCUUGAGCAGAUGGAGCUCGAGAUCAAGGAUCUGCCGGCGAGGGACAAACAGAAAUAUCGAACACGCCUCGUCUCCUACAAGGCCGAGAAUAAGAAACUUCUUGCUGAUAUGAAAAGAGCUAAGCUUGGAUUAAAUGCCAGAGAAGACCUACUUGGGGAAGAGGUUGACAACUCCGAAGACCAGAGAACCAGACUUCUGGAUAACACAGAGAAGCUGGAGAGAGGCACCCGUAGACUGGACGACGGCUACAGGGUCAUACUGGAAACUGAGGAAAUGGGAGCCCAGAUCUUGAGUGACUUAUCGGACCAAAGAGAAACAAUACAGAGAUCCAGAAACAGGCUACAAGAGACAGACUCUGCACUGGGGAAGAGUUCCAGAGCCUUAUCUGGGAUGAUGAAAAGGAUAAUACAGAACCGUGUGAUGCUUGGCGUUGUGAUUCUUGUGAUACUGUUUGUCAUCAUCAUGGCCAUAUACCUGAUAGCGCGGAAGAAGACCUGAUAUCCCUACACCUUUGCACAACUUUGUGGAAUCUUUAUUGGUCUAAGGGAGCCUAUUCAGGACUUGGGAUACUUUGCAGGGUUUUUGAAUCUUUUCUGACUUUGAAAUUUUUGUUGGACUUGGGUAUUUUAGUUGGUUUUAAAAGUCUUUACGAGACUUCGGUAGAACAGGGUUGUACUGAAGUGUCACUAUGGCCACUCAGGAAGGCCGCUGUCGUUGUUGUGUUUUACUAUUUGUUCAAGUUGGGUAAGAGAUAAAAUGCCUGCAGGGCGCUACUGUUAUCAGUAUUUUAAAAUUUGCUAUCAUUAUGAUUUAGGAUUAUAGUUCUUUGACUGUAUUUAUACACAUGUCUUAGCUGUGAUGUGUUCAUUAAGAAAGCUUAAGACUACCAUUUCCAUGUAUAGCCGAUCAUCAAAAUUUGUAAUACAGAAACCAUAACUUAAUUUUCUGCAGCUAAUUGUAUAAAACCCUGAUAAGUUGUCCACAGGUUAUCUUUUGGCUCGUUUGCACAUUUAAAUCAUUUGAUUGGUUGAAAGUAAUUAUUGGAUAGUUAUUGACCAAUCAAAGAACAUUAUAGCAAAUUUUAACCAAUCAAAAAAGUUAUCCAGUUUUAUACAUUUCCUGCUGAACACUUGUUACUAAUUAUAGUAAUAUUGAGUCUGUGACAUCCACUUCUCCAGACUGAGGAUUGCAAUAAGAGGUACGUACUACGUAGGAAGAUCAAAAUUUGACAUUCAUCUGUACGCAGACUCUCAAAACAUUUCAAUAUUAUUUGUUACGCAUGAUAAGGCUAGAAAAUGAAUGAGUAUUGGGAACUCAAAGAGGGAGGGGGAUUACACCCUGAAUACAACAACAUCAGUACGAUAUGGACUCUUUAAUGAAAUUAACUAUGUGCAAUAUUUGGUAUGAAUACACUGUUGGUUGAAUCCAUAUGGCCAUGAAAAACGCCAUAUAAUUUAUCGAAUGCUAAGCAGGAGUAUAUAAAAAAUGUAUAGAAUUUGUUAUAUGUGAUGGAACUGCUUUAAUGGUAAAUUUAUAAAAAAAAUGAUAUGAAUAUGGUACAGAUGUUGAUUUUAUUUUCUGAAACCAAUUCAAACAUUUUUAACAUGCUUUAUUUGUAAAAUGUAAAUGCAGGAGUACUGCUAUGUAUUUUAAUAUAAAUCAAGAUAAGAUAUAUAUUAAUUAAUGUUAUAAGGAAUUGACAACAACAAAAAACACAGUAAUUUAAAACUUUUGUUUCAAUUCAAGAUACAAACCUUUUGUGAUAGCUGUUUUAAAUUAAAUUUUGUGUAUUUUUCUUUACUCUUACCAGUUAUUAUUUGACAUUAUUAUUUAAUUAUGUCUGAGUAGGUUUGGAAGAUGCAAGAUGAAUGUUUAAUUUAUUUGUUUUAUUGAAUCACAAACUGUUGUAAAAGUGAUUAUAUUUUUAAUUAAAAUAUAGAUACAAAAUUUAGAGAAUAUGCCAAUGUCGUCUUGUUUUUUCAGUCUAACAAAGGAUUUAUUUGUACAAUUAUUAAGCCAGAGUUAUGGGCCUUGCUAAGU